AUGCCGUCGCCGCGCUCCCCAAAUGUCGGGACCCCCCGUACUGGCAACAAGAAGCUCACCGAUGGCCAGAGGCAAUCCAUCUACGAAACGCUUCUUGAAAGAAGCGUGGAUGGAGAACUGCCACAUGGAUGUAUCACACAAACUGCUCGGCUUUACGCAUGCACAUUAAAGACGAUAUCCAACGUGUGGGCUCGUGGCCGCCUCUCCAUCCGCCAUGGCAGCUCGACUGCCGACGUAUCGGCAAAAUACAAAGGAAAUCACAACGGCAAGCGCGUGAUGUCCGACGACGAAAUUGAACGUGCGAUUCGUGCUGUUUCUCUACACGAGCGCCAGACCCUGCGAUCUUUGGCGGCUCGUUCCGGAAUAUCCAAGACAACAAUCAUUCGGCACAUGGAGUGUGCAAAGACGCUCAAACUCAAGUUCAGCCACUCCAAACCGUACCUCACCGACGCCAACAAGAUCAAUCGGAUGAAGCAUGCGUUGGCUUUCCUCCAACCAUCGUCGAAUGAAACUAUUUUCGACAGCAUGAACUCAUAUGUUCAUGUUGAUGAAAAAUGGUUCUAUUUGACGACGGUCAAGAAGUGUUUUUACGCCUACGACGACGAAGAGCUCCCCAAACGCCAACUCAAGUCAAAGCGAUAUAUUACAAAGGUCAUGUUCCUUGCUUCCGUCGCCAGACCUCGAUACGACCCCCACAAGAAGGGCUUCUUCGAUGGGAAGAUUGGAAUUUGGCCCUUUGUCGAGACGGUGAUAGCCAAAAGAAACAGCCCAAAUCGCCCGAAGGGUACGCCGUUGAUAGUACCAGAAAGUGUGACGGCAGAUGUGUACCGUAGAAGGAUUAUUGAAAAGGUCAUCCCCACAAUCAAGGCAAAAUAA